AUGACAACCGACCAGCCUAAGAGUGUCCCCAUCCCUGACGGCGCUCCUCCGAAACCCUCCUCCUCCCCCUCCACGUCGACGACCUCCCUCACCGCUCGCCUCCGCAUCCCCACCACCUACACCACCAUCCCAUCACAAUGGCUCUCCACCUACCAAUCCUUCGUCCAGCACAACUCUUCCCAAGUCUCCUCUCUCGAAUCCGCCCUCCGCUCCCUCACCUACCUCCUCCCCGGCACCCGCUUCGCCGACACGCCCCUCAGAUCCGAAUCGCUGCAAACUUUCCUCUCAUUACUCACAGCAUACAACACGCACCUCCUCGCCUCGCCGCCCUUCUCCCCGCAACGCCGGUACGAAAGAUUCUGGGAGGCCAAGAGUAGGGUCUACGCGCGGUGCACAGCGCUGUUGAGGACGGUACAGUAUACGCAACUGCUACUCGAGAUGCUGGCCAAGCGCGCGGGGGAGAAAGCCCGGUGGCGGGUCAUAGUGGUGCUGGAGGUCGUAAAGGCCGUGUGUCGGCUGUGCAUGGGGCGCGUUUCCGGCUCCCGCCCCGUCAUCGCUACGGGCGUCGGGGACGAACGGACGGAGCGCAGGGUCGAUACUCCGCCCACAGACGACGACGCAUACGCAGAAGGUGCCCAGCUAGACGGAGCGGAAGGAGGCGAAUGGAAAAUGCCUCGUACGGGUAUGCGGCUGCCCCAACUCCCCCCCUCCUCCUCGUCCACUGGAAUCGUCGGAGUAGGAGGAGGAGGAGAAAGCAUAAUCGAUUUCCUCACCUCCCGCGUCAUAACCGCCGACGAGAUCAAAUCCGCCCACCGCCUCGUGCGCAAACUCCACUCCCUCCCCGGCCACCUCGCCGAACUGCUCUACAUCCUGCGCCCCGUGGUCUACGCCCUCGCCCUCCAGCGCUGCCAGGCGAACAGGAAGGAUUGGCGCCCCUGGCUGUUAGGGCUAAGCAUGGAGAUGGCGGCGCGGCAAUUGAGCAAGGCUGACGUGAAGGAUAGCGUCGUGGGCGGGAUCAGGGGAUUAUCGGGGGUUGAGAGGGAGGAACUGAAGAGGCGGGGUUGGGGGAUGGCGUGGUGGGGGAUGCGGGGGGCUUUUUAUGAGAACGUGACGAGUGGGGUCGUGAAAGGGGUGGCGGGGGGGUUGAAGGGGAAGGCGGUGUUGGAUAUGGUCGGGGUGGUGGUUGAGGAUUAUGAUUAUCUAUGGGGGGAGUAUUAUUUCCCUACUGCUACUUUGUAG